AAGCCUUCCUCCCCACAGUGGGCUCUGUUCUGGGCAGACUCAUGGCAGAAACUCCAAGUACAACUUCCAGCCCAAAGAGAAAAGCAGGGGAAAACGUCGGAGAAUAGAAGCAUCCUGAGAUGAAGAAUAUUUUGAUUUUGUUCUCCCUGGAAAAAGGCUGAAACCAGAGGAAGAGCUGAAAAUUGAGCUGUUUAAAGCAGCUCUCUAGCAUUCUAUCCUUACUCUUUAAAUCUUCGUAUAAACUGCAGCAAGACCAGCCACAGGUCCUUGUUCGCAAGGCUCGGGCACGCCGCCGAGCUCCGUUAAUUGAUCGGACGGCGCCGCAGCGCCAGCAGCGCUCCUGGCAGGGAGCGGAGCUGUCCGCGGUGCUGCCCGCGCCCGCCGGCUUUAUUCCCAUCAGAGCCGCUCCGAGGAAUAAAUCACACAGCAUUUAUCUCAAUUGCUCCCCUGCAGAGACAGCAACGGGGCAGUUAUCGAUACAUCCCUCACCUGACAAGAGCAGGCCACUUAAAGGACUCAUUACUAUUUUUAUUUUUUUUUCCUUUAAGCACCUGCUUUUUAACUUUGCUUCCCCUCAGCUUGCAGCAGGCUGGAUGCGCUGGAGACUGCUGAAUCCAUCACAAUUGCUAUUGCCGUUCACAGACACCUUUUUUAUAAACAGUUCACCCAUUUCCCAACGGAAAGCUCUGCUUCAUCCCCUACCCAGUAAAACCAGCACCCUCCUCCUGGCUCCCGAAGCUGCUAUCCUUCCCCUAAGCCAGCCUGGAAAGAUUGGGAAGCUGUUGCAGAUACCUGGCUUAUGACAAAGAGCAGGACAGGAGUGACAAUAAGCUCAGGUUUCCCCUUUCCAGCUCAUCCCAACACCCACCAGCUCAAGGAGAGGAGAUUACUGGGGAAAUGGCCAAGACCCGUGAGCACUCACCCAGACAGGGAUCUAUACAGCUCAAAAGCAGCUCCAAGGCAGGGGCUACAACAUAGCUAAUGUUGCCCCACAGUAAAUAACAUGGCACUGCCUUUUCUUGCCAGAAACCAACACACUACUUAGACAUCGCUUGACACAACCAGUGCUGAAUGUUAACCCACAGUGCUGCACCACCUUUUGAAAAAUACGAACAACUCAUUCAAAUAAAUCACCCUAAUAACCAGUGACCGCAAGGCAGUCAGCAGAGAACAUUUUGUUUUGGUGAGCAAAGUAUUGAUUGCACAUCCAUGUCCUUGAGAUGAACUUGGCUCUUUGAAAGCAGCAGAAGCCCAAUGAAACAGGAUCCUCUCCCUGCUAAUCCCUUUGAAGGAUGAAGCAGAGCUGUUUUACCAAGCUGGACUCAGCCACAACACUUCUCUAGUGGCCUCAGAGACUCCCAGGACAUGUUGAGCAUACAACAAAAGUUCCACCUCCUCAUUCCCCCCGGGUUUCCUUGCUGAGGGGCUUCAGGAGGCUUGGACAACAUCACUCACACUGCCAUCAAUAGUGGAGCAAUCUCACAGAUGAUUUGCUGUGUUUUCCAAAAGCAAAGAAGGCUUCAGCCCUGUCUGUGCCGAGAGCUGUGGGUGCUGCUGCAGCCAAACAUCACCAUUUUCCACAGCCCCAAAGUAAUGGAUGGCCUAUGCCUGUGGUCAGCAGUGUAUUAGUUUUAUGGAAGCAAUAAAGCAGCAUCAAUUUUGCAAUACAGGUUAUUUCCCCCUCCCUAAAAUACUGAUUGCCUUUGCACAGCUGACUCAAGCUUUAUGAAGCGAACAUGAGUUUCGAGAGGCAAAGCCCAUCUCCACCACACAUAUUUGCCAGGGAUAGAAACUUUGUCCCUCUUGCACCGUGCUGGUGAUGGGGCUGUCUGCACAAGGAUGGAUCCAAAUGGCUCAGAGGGAAGAUGCCACUUGUAGCCUUAACAGUGAGUUAAGCAGGGCUUGAUUCUCAGGGUUUCAUACCACUGCAUGUUUGCGAUCGUCCUCCAUAAGUCAGUGAAUUUUACUGCAAAUCUGUUUAAGAACAGACUCGGAGAAAGCAUGGUCAGCGCAUUUGUCUUGGGGAUAUAAAAGAAACAAAAGCCCCCUCCUCAUGCUAGACAACAAGAUGAGAUUCUUAGUCACCCUCUCAUCUCCGACAAAGCUUUAAUCAAACACAUCCCAACCAAAGCACGCAGGAUGCUGUGCUCACUGUGGGUCCUGAGAACAAAUGCCAUGCAUGCAGCCCCUGCACCCUUCCCCUGGGAGUGCACCCCACAGACAGCAGCACCCAGGCACACAGCCAAAGCAACAUGAAAGCCAAUCCCAGGGGAACAGUUGGGGGAGUGAAAGGAAGGACAUCAGGUGUUCCUUGUGCUGGAAAAUAGAAAAUCUUCCCAUUGAAGCCUUCAAUGCAAACACUUUUACAACUUUUGAGCUGGGAAUAGAUCACGAUCAUAAUGCUUCCACCUUUCAACAGCAGUAGGCAAUAGUACCCCUUGUCCUCACAGCUCUCUGCAUCACCUUACAGCAAAAUUUGAAAUAAAGGAGGAAAGUCCUUCAGCCUUUCCUCUCCGGGAUGCACUGUGUGUGAGGGACACCCUCACCACCCACUCUGAAAGUAGCAGCUCUAAAGACAGCAGCCAGGUAACACACACACGAGAUGUGCGGUACAGAUUUUGCUUUGAAAGGUUGGUUCAGCCUGCCAGCCUCUUUUCUGGGAAUUAGUGUGGAAACAAACAAGUCCCACCCAGUAAGAAGAACCACUGAUGUUGCCAGAACUGUGUCAGCUCCUUUGCUUCCUUCUAUCUCCCAGCAGUAAUGGGGCUCCCUCUUGUCUCCAUCCAGAGAGAGAAUGUUUCACAAAGGGUUGGAAAUAAAACCUGCCUUAACACCAGUGAGACCCAGAAGAUGCUGUCUGAUAGGCACACAUUGCAUCACAAUGGCAAGGUGCAGGGACUGGGACCAGGCUCAUGAAAAGCUCUCCUCCUCCAGUGGAUGCCAAAAUCCACCCCAGGAUCCCUCCAAGCAGCCUCACAGCCAGCAGGUAACAUUCCCAUGGUGACAGUCUCACCUGCAGAUCAGUUACACCUGCAGUAGUGCUAUGUAUCUCACCCAGACCUGCUCACACGUGUUGAGUUCAGAUCUGGGCAAGUUUCUGACAGCUUCAUGUUCCCCCCCCACACAAUCAUACUUUUCCCCUCAGAUAAUCUCUCUCUGUGAACAGUAGAUCUAGCAUUUUAUUCUCCCCGUUUUUUUUUUUCUUUUACUGUUCAAUGUAUUCUUGACAAAGAGAACAGUGAUUCCUAAACCAAUGCCUUCCCACUGCAGCCCUAUAAAAUGCAGCUUCCCCUACAACUCACAAACAGUUCCAAUUUUUCCCCCAAAACCAGGAGAGCAGCUCUGAAGGAAUCUUAUUUUCUGAUGAAAUAACAUUCUUAUAAUUCCUAUGGAUAUUCCUCGGGCAAUCUUCACUUUGUUUCAUUUUACUGAGGUCUAGCAACUGACCAGAUUUUGGUAGGGAUACAGAAAAUACCAACAAGAGUUGUGCUCCAGGCCUGGAAAAAAAGGAGCAUCUGCUGAAAAGUCAGUUCUACCCAUGGCCCUCAAGAAGACACUUCAAAGUGUUUGAUUCCCAGCCCAUUACCAGUGCACAGGAAUCUUGCAAGAAAAGGCCAAACAUCCCCAGAAAAGGAGCAAAAUCAAACACAGCUCUUAACAGCAUGGCUCAUUCCAAUAUGCUGACCCACUUGGUGCUGCACACUGGCAGUAGAGUGCUGAUGGAUGGAUGCCUCUCCUCUGCUAUUAAAUCAAAGGUCAGGCAGCCUCCAGCUGGGUGCUGCAUUUAAAAGACUAAAGGAGAAAGAGGAUGACCUUUGGCUUCCUUCCUACAUUCACAUGAAAAUAAAAGUGAUCAUAUGCUGUUGCUGACUUCGUUAUUCAACCUGGGGUUUGUUUCUUUACAGCACUUCUGCAGCUCCUCAAGCACAUCCCAAGAUUAAGCUGUGUUUCCAAAAGCUGGACCAGGAGCUCAGCUGGAAGCAGCAGCGCUCUUGCAAGGUAUGGCUGUUUAUUUUUUCAUUACCAGCUCCGUAAUGUUGCGUUCCCUCCUCCCACUCCCACUCCCUUCCCCUCUCACACAUCUGUGCAUCUUUCCUUGUUAAAAACAGCCAGUGCUCCCUAUUGGGAUAUUCCAGCUCCCCCCCUCUGCCGCUUCACACAUCCCCUGCUCAAACAGCCACAGCCUGACAGCCCUGGGUGCUGCCUGUGCACCUCAUUCCUGAAGAGAGCAGCCCUGCUGCACCAGCUGCUCACCAGCAUCUGCCUCAUUUCCUAUUUAAAUAGCCCAGCACACACAGAACUUUUCUUCCCCCCGAUGGGAAGGAGUGCUAAUUGCUCAGCCGUGCCAUGCACACACGGCCACCAUGUUGCUAUGAUCUCAAAGAUGGGUAACGUCAGCAUCCCGGGGACCCUCCUCCAGCUGGGAUCGGCGAGCCAAGGCUGAGCUACACGGAGCAGCGGUGCCGGAGGAGCAGCAGAGCUGCACACCAGGGCACCCUGAGAGGAGAAUAGCUGUGUCACAAAUGUUAUCGUCCAUGCAAUCUCAGCUGCUGAAAUGAGCUUGAAGUCCCCAGUCUAAAGAGAGGCACUAAUUAAACACAGCAAUGCUCCUGCUCUGAUAUGGAAAAGCAAGCACUGUGCAAGUGAAACAGCCAUCCCUCACAUCCUCCAGGAGAGGAGGAAAGCCGCCCAGGCACAAAGCUUCCCCUGCCCUCCUUGUUGCUGCCAGCCCUGAGGACUGCAAACAGCUGAACUGCACCUCUCCAGCAGAGAAAAGGAUGCUCUGAGAGCUGUUCCACUUGCACAGGAGGAUACAAUUCUCAUUUGCUUUCUUCAUGAAGCCUUGGACGCCAGAGGGCAGCCUGUGACCAGCAGGCAUGGGGAACAGCUCUCUGUGGGACAGUUUGAACGGCACCUGCAGCAAUGCAGCCAACAGCUCCUACCUGGACAGCGAUAUGAUGUUCAACUUCACCUUCCAAGAGCAAUCAGCUGAUUUCUAUGUUGUCCUCCCUGUGAUUUACUCUGUAAUCUGUGCUGUUGGGCUCACAGGCAACACUGCCGUCAUCUACGUGAUCCUCAAGGCUCCCAAGAUGAAAACUGUGACAAACAUGUUCAUUCUGAACCUUGCUAUAGCCGAUGACUUGUUCACACUUGUCUUGCCCAUUAAUAUCGCUGAACACCUCCUCCACUAUUGGCCCUUUGGAGAAGUCCUCUGCAAGGUCAUCUUGUCCAUAGACCACUACAACAUCUUCUCCAGCAUUUAUUUCUUAACAGUGAUGAGCAUAGACAGGUACCUGGUAGUGCUGGCUACAGUCAGGUCCAAGAGGAUGCCGCACCGUACGUACCGAGCAGCCAGGAUCGUCAGCUUGUGCAUCUGGAUCCUAGUCACCAUCAUAGUUCUCCCUUUCAUCAUCUUUGCCAAUGUAUACAUAGAUGACCUGAAGAUCAAGAGUUGCGGUCUAAAUUUCCCCAAGCCUGAAAGGUUUUGGUUCAAGGCCAGCAGGAUCUAUACCCUCAUCCUUGGCUUUGCCAUUCCAGUGUCUACUAUCUGCAUCCUCUACACUAUGAUGCUCUACAAGCUGAGGAACAUGCACUUGAACUCUAACGCCAGAGCUCUGGACAAAGCCAAAAAGAAAGUCACCAUCAUGGUCUUCAUCGUCCUGGCUGUGUGUCUCUUCUGCUGGACCCCCUUCCACCUGGCCACCAUCGUGGCUUUGACCACUGACUUGCCCCAGACCUCCAUGGUCAUUGGUAUCUCCUACUUCAUCACCAGCCUAAGCUAUGCCAAUUCAUGCUUGAAUCCUUUCUUGUAUGCUUUCCUGGAUGACAGCUUUCGGAAAAGCUUCCGGAAGAUGCUGGAAUGCAGAACUUCUUGAACAGUGGAUGGGAGGUUUGCAGCUCCCUUCCCUCCCAUAGCUUUGCAAGGGAAACUUUGCAGACUUCAGAGGGUGGCUAACGAAUGCAUAAGUCUUCUCUUUAGUUUGUAUGUAAUGUAUGUUUACCAUCAUCAUUCACAGUUUGUCCAGCGUUUUUCAUCUCUGCAUCCUCAAACUUCUCAAAGCUGUAUUUCUACGUUCUCACUUUUAAUCACACUCCAAAGCAGUAAGGACAGAAAACUUCUUUUGCAAAGGUUUGCUUCUGCUACACAGCGGUCCUCUAUUGCCAUCUGCUGUACAGCAUAGUGAAGCUGUAGACCAACUUUCAGGCUGAGGGAGCAGCAGGGCUAGCAUCCACCUUGUGACAUAUCAACAACACAGAGGAUGCAAGAUGAGUAUUUGGAAAGAGAAAAUAACCAUUUUCAUGUGUGCACACGUGUUACAGCUUUGCUUUUGUUUGAGGGAUGUCAGCUCCACUCUGACCCCAGUUUCCUUCUUUCUUGAACUGUUACCAGUUGUUACGUUUAAACCAAAAGAAAAACCCGUGUCUUAAAAGUGCUGUUCAAUAACACACCUUAAAAAUAUUGUGGUAACUGUGGGAAUUUGUGUUAGAAAUUAUUUUUAACUAACGAUUCCUGUUCAAUGUCAGAUAUAUAUUUAUUUAAGUGAUUGACAAAAUAAACUUC